CGCUCUCUCUCUACAAAUAUUCCCACCAAAUCCAUUCCAAAAAAAUAAAAAAUAAGAUUCAAAUGCCAAGGCAACCCCUAUGAUGAUUGUACGUUAAUAUAAAAAUAUGUGUAUUCAUAUGUGCUGUAUUUGUGUUGUUUAAAAUUCCUAAGAAAUUUAAGAGUGUAGUAGUAAUAGAGAAGAUGAAUAGAGAAGGAGAGUUUGAAAACUCAAUGAGUGGAAUCUUCAUUCCACCACCAUCACCACAUUUGAAUCAUCGUUACGAUAACGAUUUGGUCAGCAGUUCAUCAAUGAGUAGAGCUUCUAGGCAAUCUGAGUACUCUCAUUCAAACUCUUUCUCAAAUGGGUUUGAUUUUUCUAACGAUGCUUCAUAUUCGUCCCCAUUUGAGAAGUCUUUGUAUCUGAGACGGAGUACUGGAUUGUUGUUCAACUCCAACGCUUCUUCUUAUUCUCAAACCAACGAGGAGCUGGUUAAUGAUCUGGGAUUGCCUGAAAGUUUCUUUAGAAUGCAGCAAGAGGAAGGAGCCAGAAUCAGGGGAUUUGAUAGGGACUCAUAUGGAAUUGUGCUUGGUAAUGGUUCUUUUUGGGGAGCCAUCUCUUAUAAUCUUGAAAGCACUGGUCAAUAUGAAGAUUUCAACAAUGAUACUGUUGGCUAUGAAGCUUCCCGAUCAUGUAAAAGUGCUGUUCCGGUCAGUUCUAACGGUGAUAUGAGGUUUAAACCACUCAGAUUUCGACAGGGUUAUAUUGUGGGAGAUGAAACAGGGUCCCCUCUCACUCUUAUCCAUUCUACUUCAAGGAGUUCUAGUCCCAGUUUCAAUGACAGCCGAAUGAGUUAUAUACUGGGCCAACCACAGGAACAAAAUGUCGGUCGUUGUUUUAGGGAUGCUCAGCUACAGAACCCAAUUUCCAGGUCUGAUUGUGACGGAGACUUUGUUUGCUCACAGUUACAUGGAAAUGAUUCUAAUGGAGGUAAGAGUUUCACAUGUUCAUUUUGCUCCUCUCAUUUGCUGCAACCCAAUCUAGGAGAGAAUAUGAGAAGUCCAUUGCAUAAUCUUUCAGUGAUGGAAGAAUGGACUAGAGCAAACCCAAGAGGUGAGGUUCCUCCGGUUUUCAGGUAUGAACAAUGUGCAGGGGACCUCGAGGAUUUUACUUUUGAAGAUAGUUUCAUCAUAGAAGGAAAGUGUUUGAGUGAUGUCAUGGAUUCCAGCAAUGGUACCUCAAUUUCAAAUGAAAGAGACAAAAGCUUUAGCCUAGAUUCUCAUUUCCCUCGUGGAAAAAUUGGUGAAAAUAAAUGGAGUUCGAGUAACGAUUCGCAGCUGCCCUGUCCGCCAAUAAUUUGUUCUUUAGAUGAGCUGCGGGGUUAUAUACACUAUAUAGCAAAGGAUCAAUAUGGUUGCCGAACCUUGCAAAUGUUGUUUGAUCAGGGAACAAGUAAAGAUGUGCAGAUAAUAUUUGACGGAAUAAUUGAUCAUGUUGUGGAGCUCUCGAUGAACCCUUUUGGAAAUUACCUUGUACAGAAGCUCUUGGAUGUUUGUUGUAAAGAACAAAAACUACAGAUUGUGCUUGUGAUGACCCAAGAACCAGGACAGCUUGUUGAAGUUUCUCUAAACACACACGGCUCGCGUGUGGUACAGAAGUUCAUUGAGACAUCGGAAGAUAGAGAUCUUAUACAUUUGAUUAUGUCAGCCCUUGAACCUGGUUUUCUUCAACUUGUUAAGAAUUUAAAUGGAAAUCAUGUUGUGCAGCGUUGCUUGCAAUGCCUUAGCAAUGAAGACAAUUCGCUCAUAUUUCAUGCUGCUGCUAAGUAUUGUAUUGAUAUCGCAACUCAUCAGCAUGGAUGUUGUGUGCUGCAAUGGUGCAUUUCAUAUUCCACGGGAAAGCAUCAAGACAAGUUGGUGACAGAAAUUACAAACAAUGCACUUUUCCUUGCUCAAGAUCCUUAUGGGAAUUAUGUUAUUCAGUUUAUCAUAGAGCUAAGACUCCCAUCUGCCACUGCCAAAUUGGCUUCUCAGUUUAAAGGGAACUAUGAGUACCUCUCAAUGCAGAAGUUUAGCAGUCACGUGGUUGAAAAAUGUCUCAAGCAUGUAGAAGAGAUUCGUCCAAGCAUCAUCAAUGAAUUGCUCUCAGUUUCUCACUUUGAUCACUUGUUGGAACAUCCUUUUGCUAAUUAUGUCAUUCGAUCUGCUCUCGAAGUUACAAAGGGCACAGGCACUCUUCAUGAUUCCCUCGUCAGAGCACUUCGGCCUUACAUGAUGCUACGAACCAGCCCAUUCUGCAAGAAGAUUUUCUCAAAAAACUUGCUGAGGAAAUGAUGUGGUACUUUCACCAUAUCAAAAUGAUUUGUUGUGCAUGUUAAAGUAACAAAAAAAAGAAGAAAACAAGUACAAAGUACAAUGUACAAAGAAAAGGUGUUAGUUUAGAAUAAUUGAUCCUUAUCCAUUUUGAACUCCCUAAUCGGAAACUGAAGCUUUUGCCAAAACAAGAAGAAAGUUAAGAAUUUGGGCUUUGCGGUCAUUAGCCCGCACACUGCUUUAGUUUCUGUACUUCUGUUAGUGUAUGUUAUGUUACAGUAUGUUGUUGUUGUGACAUAUUGGAUUUCCUUUUGAAUAGUUUACUGAAUAUCUGAAACUGAAAUCCAGAUUGUGUCAUACGUAUGGUAUGUUUUUAUAAACUUCUGUCUGUAUCUUUGAAAAAAUUACAAUGG